UUGGUGGCACACACGAAAUCAAGAAUCAGUACGAUUUGAACGCUCGCGAUAGCAACGCGUUUGUUGUGAAAGAAAAACUUGUAUUUUAAAUAAAAAUAAAACAAAAUUAAAAUAAGCCACUGUGUAAACAAGUGUUUUGGCUUGUGAACAAUAUAUACAUAUAAAGGAAUAAGAAAGUAUUUUGUAAAACAAAACAAAAAUAAAAAUGGAGUUCAACAAUCGUCUUUUGCUGAAAAUUAUUGAGCUGGGCAUCGCGAUCGCCUGCAUUGUGCUUUGGGAGAACUCUGGUGCGUUGUCCUCAAGACCGCUGAUUGUCUGCGGUACACUCGGUGGUUUCACUAUCAUCUGCGGUGUAUUGUUGAUUGGACACAUACUCAACUCGAUUGUGGAGAAACGCCUCAAUGCGCUCAUCUCGAUUUUGGGCUGUGUGCUCUUCGUCAUCUCUGGCGCUCUGAUCAUCGAUGAGUGGCAUGAUAACUCGAAUUUCCUCUUCAAGGAACGCAAACGUAACGCACUCGCAGCUGGUUCCUUGAUGAUCAUCAAUGGUGCGGUCUUCCUCUUGGACACGCUCUCCAUUUGUAGAACUCGACGUGAAGUUCCGAUCAUUAAGGAUAUUCCGAAAAAUACUUACGAUUUGAAUCGAUAUUAAUACUUUGUGUUUAUAUGGACCACGAGUGUUCCCUAUUGGACUGGAAAUUUUGUGUAUUUUUGUGAUAUUAGUUUAAACUUUUCUUUAAGUAGUUAAUAAAUAAUUUAUUAUAUAAAAAUUUAAUAGAAAAUGCAUGCUUUUUGGGUGAAUUAUGGUUUUUGAUACAAUUGGUGUAUCUUAUAUAUGAUUGUCUCCCAUAAAUAUCAUCCAUUUCACUUCGAGCAUUUGGUAGAAUUUUUUUGGUGUCGAAUUAACUAUUCCUUAGGUCUAAAGAAAAAAAAAACAAGUAAGGAAAGGCUAAGUUCGGGUGCGACCGAACGUUUUAUACUCUCACAAUUUAUUGAUAUAUUUUUAUUAAGAUAACACACAAUUUGACCCAAUUUGAAAAUCCUCUAAUUAGGUAUAUGAGAGCUAGGGGAAGUGAUGACCUGUUUUUAACCAUUUCUGAUAGAGAGACACACUAUUAGAAGAAAAAGAUUCCCUCUGAAUUAAAUUAAGAUAUCUGAGAGAUUUACCGAUAUUUUCGGUGAAAAAUUACCAUAAGGCACUGAGUUCUUCAAAUUCGAUAUUCGGAGCCUUGAAAAGUUAUAGUCCGAUUUCGACAACUUUUUCACAAGUGGUGCAACAGAUCAUAUACAGUAUUUAUGUUAAUUUUUAUUUCGCUGUGUUCUUUGGUUCCUAAUGUAUACAUUAUAAAUUGAAGGAAUCAGAUGGAAUUCAAAAUUGGGUUAUAUGGGAAGUUGUCGUAGUUGUGAACCGAUUUCAUCCAUUCUCCACACGUGUCAUCAGGGUGUCAAGAAAAUAUUAUAUACCGAUUUUCAUUGAAAUAUGUGGAGUAGUUCCUGAGAUAUGGUUUUUGACCCAUAAGUGGGAGAUGCCACGCCCAUUUUCCAUUUUGUCAAAAAAUCUUUGUGCAGCUUCUUUCUAGUAUUUAUUCUGUAAAAUUUUGUAUUUCUGACGUGUUUCGUUAGUGAGUUAACGCAGAAAGCUUGGGUUAUAUAUGUAGCUUUAUUGGUUUGUGAAAUAUCUACAAAAAACAUAUUUGGAGGUGGGCCACGCCCACUUCUCCAAAAAAAUUACAUCCAAAUAUGCCCCUUCAUAGUGCGAUCCUUCAUACCAAAUUUUAUUUCCAUGUUUUCGGUUUUUGCCUUUUAUGGGCGUGGCAGUGGUCCGAUUUUGCCCAUUUUCGGAAGCACCUAUGGUGCCAAGAAACAAAUGUGCCAAGUUUCAUCAAGAUAUCUUAAUUUUUACUCAAGUUACAGCUUGCACAGACGGACGGACGGACGGACAGACAGACAUUCGGAUUUUGACUCGCCUUGUCGCCCUGAUCACUUUGGUAUAUAUAACCCUAUAUCUAACUCGUUUAGUUUUGGGUGUUACAAACAACCGUUAUGUGAACUAUAGUUUUGUUCACAUACUCUCUUAGCAACUUUGUUGCGAGAAUGAGAAUGAAAUUAAGGCAUGUGAAAUAAUUUCUGCAGUCUACCUUUAUUUAUGGAUAAAUCCAACAACCCUUGGAACUUCUUUAAUGAUUUUUCAAUUAAUCUUGCGCAAAUUAUUAUUUAUUUAUAAAUAACACAAUACAUUUACAUAAUUUAUAUUCUUUACAAUUUUGUUCUCUCAGUUAUCUCUUCUUUGUUCGCUCUCUUCUCAUACGCAUCAGACAAAAAAUCUUACAAACAGAUUUGCCUCAUACAAAUGCAUUAAUUACAAAUUAAUUUUUCAAUUCCAUAAUGAAAUCGAUUAAAAACACUACACCGUUACCAAUGAAGAGACCAGUUGCUAUAAAAUAUGUUAGCCUACCAUCGCCAUAUGAGGGUACAUAGGCAAUAGUUAAGCCACCACAGACGAGACUCAAAAUGGCGCCAAUAAUUAGGAAAACUGCCACCUGAUUGAAUUCCAGAAAUUCAACUAUAAGGAUAUAGUUUGAUAAGAAAAGGAUAGGAAAUUCACGUGGAUGUGUUACUCACGUGCCACCAGCACAGAGGUUAUUAUGGUGAAACCAAAAAUGGUGCCACACACGAUCAUAACCCGCGUCGCGUAUGUGCUCAACGCAUACCAAAGGACUAAGAGCACAAUGCAUAUUACCUGAGGAAAGAAUAAAUUAUAUUUUUGUAUGAAUGAAUUUUAAUAUUUGCUGACCAGCUCUACGAUUCUAAAGAUUGUCUUAAGUUCCAUAGCGUUAUUUGCUCAUUUAAUGAAAAUUGCUUGCGUUAAAAAUAUUAAUGUAAUAUAAUUGGAUAUUGAUGUUCUGAUUUGAAAAAAUGUUAAAUGAAAGAUGUCACAUGAAAAUUCGUGUUUGUUGUGUUUACAUGAAUUACAAUUACAAUAAUAUUAAAUCGGCCCAUCCACACUCGAAUUUUUUGUCGAACUUUGAUGCACAGUUCAGAAUUUCAAAACAAAUUUUGUAGAAAUCAACAAAUUCGAGUGUGGAUGAGCCACUUAAUAGAAAGAAACACUUGACAAUACUACUUUUGCAUGUCAAUACAAUAAUAUUUAUUUUUAUUUUUUUACGUAACUAAAUUGCUUACAUGUAUUUAUUUAUGUUUUUUUUUUUGUAAGUUUUGCCAAAUUUUGUAGCAGAAUUCCUCUAAAUAGCAAGAAAUUAGUAGCGCCAUGGAGCUAAAGAAAGUUUUCAGAGUAGCCGAGCUG